CUCUCCCUUUGCUUUCUGUCAUUUAGUUCUAACCAGAUACUCCUCUUAGGAGCCAACUAAAUCAGUAAGCCGAAUGGUUAGCCAAGACUACCCGCAGCAUCAGUAGUCGGCUCCCUGGCCCGGGGCCUGGAGAGUAACUGGCCAAGUGGGUGCUGGGCUGGUAUGGGAGCCCAGGGUCCCUGGAGCACCUUGCCUGGCUGUGGCAGUCACCAGGAAGCAGAAACUGUCCACCUGGAGGCACAGCGGCGCUCCUUGGCACUAUUUUGGCCACUUCAGGUUUUAUAAUCUGUAGGAACAAAAAUUGUGGGGGAACAUCUUGAGUAGGUUUAGAGAUGGAAUGGGAAGCCUGGCAGAAGCGCUGGUCCAGUCUUCAAGGUCACGGCUGACAUAGGAGUUUAAGCGGCCGUGUGACUCCAAAGCCUUGCUUCUGCAAGCAGAUGUUUUCUUCUAGCCAUGUGUGAACUGGAGGUUCCUUGGGCUGUCCACGCCUGGUCAUGGGCUGGCAGGAGGCUCUCCAGGCACACGCAGCACACACAGCACAUGCACCACACGUAGCACACACACUGCAUGCAGCACACACACACCACACAGCGCACGCACCACAAAGAGCACACAGCACACACACCACACACAGUGCAUGCACCACACAGAGCACAUGCGGCACACACAGCACACGCACCACACAGAGCACCCGCAGCACACACACCACGCAGAGCACACGUGGCACACACAGCACAGAGCACCUGCAGCACACAGCGCAUGCGCCACACAGAACACUCGCAGCACACAGCGCACACCGCGCAGAGCACACGUGGCACACACAGCACACACACACCGCACGCACCACACAGAGCACAUGCGGCACACACAGCACACACACCGCACAGAGCACCUGGAGCACCUGCAGCACAUGGCACAUGCAGCACACAGAGCACACGUGGCACAUGCAGCACACACACCACACAGCACAUGCACCACACAGAGCACACAUGGCACACACCACACACAGCGCACACACCAUGAAGAGCACACGGCACACGCAGCAUACCACACACAGCACACGCACCACGCAGAGCACGCAGCACACACACCACGCAGAGCACACGCGGCACACGGAGCACGCCACACACAGCGCACGCACUGCAGAGCACCUGGAGCACCCGCAGCACACAGUGCACGCGGCACACGCAGCACAUACACCACAGAGUGCACGCACUACACAGCACACGGUGCAUGUACCACGCAGAGCACGCGUGGCACACACACCACACAGAGCACACACGGCACAUGCAGCACACACACCACACACAGCACAUGCACCACACAGAGCACACGCAGCACCUGCGGCAUACACAGCACACACACAGCAUACGCAGCCCACACAGCACACAUAGUGCACAUGCCACACAGAGCACCCGGAGCACCCGCAGCACACACACCACACACAGCGCACGCACCACAGAGAGCACACGUGGCACACACCACACACAGUGCAGGCACCACACAGAGCACCCGCGGCACACAGCACACACUACAGUGUACGCACCAGAGCACACAUGGCACACACACCCCACACAGUGCACGCACCACACAGCACCCGCGGCACACACAGUGCAUGCAGCACACAUGGUGCACGCACCACACAGAGCACACGCAGCACACAGUGCACACAACACACAGCACACACAGCGCAUGCACCACACAGGGCACACACAGCACACAUAGCACACAGCACAUGCACCACAUGUAGCGCGCACACUGCAUGCAGCACGUACAGUGCGCACACCACACAGAGCACCUGUGGCACACAGUGUACACACCACACCCAGCGCAUGCACCAGAGCACACGUGGCACACACAGUGCAUGCACCACACAGAGCACACGUGGCACACACAGCGCGCACACCACAUGGAGCACCUGUGACACAGUGCACACACCACACCCAGCGCACACACCACACAGAGCACCCGCGGCACACGCAGCACACACAGUGCAUGCACCACACAGGGCACACGCAGCACACACAGUGCAUGCACCACACAGAGCACCCGCGGCACACGCAGCACACACAGCACAUGCACAUGUAGUGCACACACUGCAUGCAGCACACACACCACACACAGCGUGUGCACCACACAGAGCACAUGCAGCACGCACCACACAGCACACGUGGCACACACAGUGCACGCACCACACAGCACCCACGGCACACGCAGCACACACAGCGCAUGCACCACACAGAGCACACGCGGCGCACACAGCGCAUGCACCACAUAGAGCACCCGCGCGCACACAGCGCACGCAGCACACGUGGCAUAUGCCCUCCAUGACCUUGUGUCUUGAGGGCAGGUCCUACUUUUUGCUUUGUUGUGUUGGAGCGGAAUUUCUCCCCUGGCUUAUAUUGGAGUGAGUCCUAGAUUACUUAAAUCACUUCCUCUGUUAAUUGUGCCUGGAAUUAACCUGUUACAUUUACUUCCUAGAAGUUAGUUGCUCAGUAUGGGUUUCUACACUAUUAAAGCAACCUAGCAGUAGUACAUAAGGUUUUGUUAGGACAGCUGUGAGAUUUUUUUCUCUAACAGUCAUCAUCAUUUCUCUGUCUGCUCCAUUUUUCUUCAGUGUUUUAUAUGAUAUUAAUAGGGAUGUCUAAUUUUGUCUCUUUAAAAAAACUAUCAAAUCUGAAGCAUUUUUCAUGUUAUAGCUUCUCUAAUUUUUCAUGGAUAUUGAAUAUUUGGUGUUGAUAUUCAUCACUCAGUUUUGAACAUUGAGUUUUCUUCUAAUGUUUUGUGCUUAUGAAAACCAUUUCUGUGUAACGUGUUUAAGUAGCUUAUUUAUCUGAAAGAACUCUAAUAAUGAAAAGAAAUAAAAAGUUUUUCCGAAGCAUGAUCAUAUUCUUCCAGAAGAGUCAGGAACCAUGUGUGCCAGGAAAGGGAAACGGGACUGAGCAUCUCGUAGUGAAACGCCUGCUACAGACAUGACCCGGCUCCGCUCCAGGAUGGGCCGGCGGCACACAGACUGCGCACUUACCUCACUGCCGGCCUCAUAAUAGUAAUCAGUGUAAAUGGUGUUUCUCUUUCGUUUUGUUAUUUCGUGGCGUUCGUGUUAAAGUGUGUGAAACUACAAGGCCAGCUAGUCCUUUCAUCAUUCCCUUCGGUGCAGGUUUUGGAGCAGCACUGCAGGGCACACCCCUCGCCACUCUUUAUGUGGGAUUUUUGCCCAAGCAGGCAAAGGAGUCAUCUUGGUCACAAGUCUCCCCUUUCCCCCCUCUCCAACAUCUUCGAUCCUGUCCCCACCCCUCCAGAUGCAUCCAGGGGUUGCAAGCCUGCCCCCCAACCAGUCCCUGUGAGGAACAGUGGCCGGGAUUGCUCCCAGGGCCCCUUCCAGCAGGGGGACCUCCUGACUUGAGAGUCCCCAAAGGCUUCCCAGGGCAGCUAGAAUCUGCCUGGAGAGAGGGGAUCUUGUCUCCAAGAGUUAGAGGCAGUAAACUAAUAGCAAGGACAGCUGCCUUUAGCAAUUGUGUGUGUUGCAUGGCCGGUCCCUGCAUUUUUCUUCAGUUCCAAAGCUGCACUGGCAUUUUUAUGGUCACCUCUGGAGUCUCUUUGAUUCAAAAAACUAUACCUCUAGGAUGCCAAAUAAACGAACAACAAACAGAAACUCCACCUGUUUGCUAGCAUAACAGGCGUGAAGGCGGCAGUGUUGCCGGCGUCCUCCCGCGGAAGCCCGGUGCGCGCAGACAGCAUGGGGCGGCGCUGCUCUCAGGUGCUCUGGCUGCUUGGGUUCCUGGCAUGCUGAUUUGUGACUUAAGAUUAAAAUCACAUUGCCAGGGAUUACCACGCAACCACGACCUUGGCUGCUCCUCCAGAAACUGUGGUCGCACUCACUGCAGAUUGGAGAACAGGUGCAUCUCGUAGCUCUUCUUUGGAAACAAAAGAAGCCACCAGCUGAGGAAGAUGCUCACCGGUCACCGUCCCUUUAUUUAUGCCCAGCGAUGACCUCUCUAACAAGGUGCAGAGCUUAGCUGAUUGGUGAACAGUGAUUGGUUUCCGCUUUGUUCACAGUGGCUAAGUUCUGCACCUGAAGAGAAGGUGAGAUGGGGACAGUUAAGUUGGAGCCGCUGGGGCAGAGGCCGUUGCUGACGGGCCGGCCGCUGCUGCACAGUCAGCUUGAGUGCGGAACGCGAUCCUGGAGGAUGAGAGACCACUUGGCCCCAAGGAUGCACUGUCUCCUGCCAGGAAUGCUAGCCAUGUACUGAGUCCUUAAGUCUGUCCACAGAAACAUCCACUAAUCGGACAUCUGUCUGAAAGGUCAAAUGUAUUGAAAGUUGCAAAAAUUAUUCUUAGAAAAAACUGAAACCAAAUGCAUCACCUAAGUCGAGUGAAAUCGUGGUGGCUCAUGGCUGUGAGCGGGGCGGGGCGGGGCUUUCGGAGGAGCUCCUGUUGUUCUGGGCGCGGUGAACUCUUUCUUGUAUUUGCAGUCCAGGCCUCCGCGUCUCCUGCGCCAGCGGACGGUGCCCACGGAGCUCCCAGCUGAGGCGCUGCUUCUCCGGGCUGUCGAUUGGACCCGCCCUCCGGUGCCUACUGAGCUGAUAUCAGUUCUCAUUUUACACACUGGCUCAGUUCAGCAGGAACAGGAGUCGAGCCCUUGAGCAAAAAGCCUUCAUGUCUGUAAGUGCCCGAGGCUCAGGAGAGCUGGGGCUCCCACUCACGGCAGACAGGCCCGCGGCCACCCCGGCCCGGCGGCAGCACGGUGCCAGUCAUCUGUAUGUGCUCCUGCGGCGUGGGGGUUUGUAGACUCCGAAAACCCUGUUGGCAGAAAGUUAAGAGCUCCCAGGCCUGAAGGCGGGACACAGUGCCAGCAGGGGGGCAUUUGCCCCCCAUGUGUGAGGGAGGCAGGGCCCAGCUCUCCCACGGCAAGGUGAGCUGAGACUUUCUGAGAGCAGUUAGAGUGGGUGCAGGUCUGAAAUGGGUACUCCUAGCAGCUAUUGUGUACGCAAAGCCUGAGUACGACCUGCUGGUGUCACAGCCACGUGUGAGCAGGCCAGCAUCACACGGCUCACUGUGACUCGUCCCUGAGACUGUGAAAUGGGCCUGGGUCUCCUCCUUGUCCUGCGAUUAAAGUCCUCUCUUGAAAGUGGAGAGCAAAGGCACACAGAGGUGCGCGCUCACAAGAAUUCCUCCCGGUGACUGGGUAAUCAGUGUUACUGCUGUUUCCUUUGCAGGAAAGACCACAGCGAGAUUCUUUCAUUCGUCUCCUCCUAGCCUGGGGGACCAGGCUCGAACUGACCUUGGACAUCAAAGGAGGGAUUAUGUGGCUGCUAAAGCCAUCAGCCCACAGCCCUGUUCACGUCUUGGUGCUUCUCUUUCCCAGAGGCUGGUCCCAGCCAGGCACACACAAAAGGCAGAUUCUCGUAAACGCAGCCUCCCUCCCUGGAGGCUGCCUCCUGCCCUGGAUCUGGAGUGGAGCUGCUCUGGGGUUUUGAGUUCUUCUGCACAGAUGACUAAAUAUAUCCAAGAGACAUUGGAAAACCUGCUGAACAUUUUACAUUGGUCUGCUCAGCACAUGGCUGGAUGUGGAUAUUUCUGUAAUUCCAGAAAGUCACACAGCUCCUCUGUACGAGACCAGUGGGUGCCAUUUAAAAGAACGGGAUGAGAAUCUAAGAUAUAUUAUUAAUAAAUGUGACGGUUUUUUUUGUA